AUGAGUAAGUUUUUUACUUUCUCAAGCCGUCUUUUGGUUGUUGUCUUUGCAUUGUGCUUGCCAUGGAUAUGGAUGCUUUCGCCACUUGGCAGAUUUAGAGAUUGGGGUAUGACCUCAUGCUUUCAGUUGCCAACACUGCACUCGGCCGCAUUGGUCAUUCCUGUAUCCCUAACCUUUGUACGAGAGCAAUUCAGAUUUCCAGAUCUUGUUAAUGCAACGCAAUGGCAAAUAGACAGAGAAAUCAAACAGCUCACAGAUGAGCUGUUUAAGGUAAUUUUGGUAGACAAUUUAGACGGCUCGGCUGGAAAGGAAGAAUACAACUUAAAUUUGGAGCUCAGUCGUGACGAUUCGCUUGGAAUGUCAUCUACAUCGUACGAAGCUACGACUUAUUACUCGUUACAUGCAGUAUAUAGUAGCGACUUGCCAUUUUUGAUUACUCAAACAAUCUUAUCCUAUUUGUUAAGCGGAGAUAUCGAACUACUGCGGAUGAGGGUCGACAAAAUUGUACCCAGUGAGAUGAAUAUCACAUUGAGCACCGGAAGUCCAUAUGGAAAUGAGCGGAUCAAGGAAAUUGUAAUUUUGUUUGAUGAGUAUGCCAAUCAUACUCGACCAUUGACAAAAUUGAGUUACAAAUGUAAUUACAACUAUGCGAGUUUGCUGGAGAAGGAGAUUCAGCUCGAGUUAUCCAAUGGAGUAAUGGAAACUCUUAGCAUUGAGAGCAGUUCUACAAACGAGGUCCAGAGACUUUUGGAGGAGCAGCUAGUGCUCCCCAGUAAACCACAAAAUAAUUUGCUGUUGAGGGUUAGGGCAGCUUCACGAAGACAAGAGAUGUUACGUUUGGGCUGA